AUGUCUACCGGCGAAGGCCUGGACUCGGAGCUCGAGUCUUUUAGAAAGCAAUGGCUCUCAGAUCUCCAAUCCCAGCGCGAGCCUACGACCGCCGAUGCCGCAGCACCGUCAUCCUCGCCCGCCGGUCAUCAUCGUCGUCAGAGCCACAGCCGCCGACACGACGCCUCGCACCAGUCGUUUUCUUCUUCAUCCGCGCGGCCCGGACCUCUAAAGAAGGCCAACGGGCCGCCCAGCCCCACGGCCGCCCGGCGGGCCCUGAUCCUAGAGGAAGGCUCCGACUAUCUGGGUGGCCGUUCGUUUGACGAGCCCGCGCCGUCACUCUCCGCAUUUUCCGGGGCCAGGACACUCGCCGCUCCAAAACCCCCGGAGAGGCGCCUUGUAUCCGCUCUCGACCAUUAUGAGGAGGCCAUGGAGAAGGAAGCCCAAGAGCGCCGAUACCGUGAAAAGCAUUUCCCAGCGGCGUCAGCAAACGCGCCCACAGUCCAGGCAUCCGGCAGCAGCAGCACGGUUGCAUCCACCUCCGCAACCACCACCUCCGCCCCCGCGCCCGAGGUCCCCGCCGGUCCGCCUAAGACGUUGUCCGAGCUGCUAGAGGGCUUCGCCGCGCUGCAGAUUGAACCCGCCACCGCCGACGACCCCGCCGUCGAAGGUGAGGCGCCGCCAGUCCUUCCCUGCCCCAUGGCCAGCCUCCCCGACGAGCUGCUCACGCACAUCCUGCACGACGUCGCCGUGGCCGACGUGGCCGAGUAUGUGCGCUUAUCCCUCGUCUGCCGGCGGCUCGCAUACCUCGUCGCCCGCGAGCAGCGCAUCUGGCGACGUGUCUGCCUCGGCGCCGAGUUUGGCUUCGCCGGCAUGCACUACCGCUGGAACCGCGGCAUCGAGUGGGGUCCGCUCUCGGAGGAGUCCGAGGACGAGCAGGCGGCGGAGGAGGAGGACAGUGACGAGGAAGACUCCCCCAACUCUGAUGCCAUCGUCGCCGACACCGACGCCAUCCGCCUCAGCCCGCGCGAGCGCGCCGAACGCCGCGCGGCUCGCCUGCACGCCGCGACGCUGUCCCUGACGCCGUCCGUGUACACGACGUGGCGGGCCAUGUUCCGUGCGCGGCCGCGCAUCCGCUUCGGCGGGUGCUACAUCUCGACCGUCAACUACGUGCGCUCCGGGCAGGCCUCGACCAACCAGCUGACCUGGGGCGGCGCGCCCAUCCACAUCGUCACGUACUACCGCUACCUGCGCUUCUUCCGCGACGGCUCCCUCAUCAGCCUGCUGGCGUCGGACCCGCCCGCCGACGUCGUCCACUACAUGACACGCGACGCCCUGCGCCUGCACCGCGAGUCCUCCUCCUCCAGUACCGCCGCCGGCCACCACGGCAGCCACCUACCCGGCGCCGUCAUGCGCCUCGCCCACCGAGGCCGGUGGCGCCUCUCCCCGCCCGGCAGCAGCAGCAGCAGUGGUGGUGGCGGUUGUGGAGGUGGUGGUGCGGGCGCCCCCUCGCCGAGCGGCGACGACGAGCUCUCGGUGGAGACGGAGGGUGUCGGCGCAAAGUACGUCUUCAAGAUGGACCUGCGCGUGCGCAGCGCCGGCAAGCCCUCGGCGCCCCGCGGGAACAAGCUCGUGCUGUGCGGCUUCUACAGCUACAACAAGCUGACCGAGGACUGGGCCGAGUUCCUGCUCAAGAAUAACAAACCGUUUUUCUUCAGCCGGGUGCGGAGCUACGGACUGGGCGAGUAA